AUGAAGUCAAGCGUAGUGUUCUUGUUGUUACCAGCAUCUUUGGUGCAUUGCAAAGUUCAAUGCUAUGAUUGUCUGACCCCAAAAAAUCCUGUCGAUUGGAAUAGUUACUGCACUGAAAAGAACUUCUGCUAUGGGGAAUAUUGUACGAGAGGACCAAAUGCAAAAUCAAAUGGAAUUCUUCACGGAUGUUCUUCUACACCACCUCUAGAUGGCGAUGUUAGUGAAUGCAAGAUCAUCGAAGAUGACGACUCACACACAAAUUGCUACUGUAAAAACAACAACUUCUGCAAUGGAUCAGCUCUCUCCUCGCCUAUUGCCGCUCUGCUCGCAGUCUGCGUGUUUUUCCGGAUUUAG